GUAUUGGCAGUGGCAUGCCAUCGUCUCUCAACUUAACUGCCAAGUGAGGAGUGAGUGAGUAGAAAAAAAGCAGAGGCAAACCCCAAAGUCGCAAAAUUCCUAUUCUCAUUCUCAUUCUCAUUCUCAUGUAAAUAUCAUUCCUCUCUUCUAUUUCUCAACUCGCUUCCCAAACUCCCCCGACUCAUGGCCAAUCACCCUUCCGACCCUCCCACCGACGACUUCCUCGAGCAAAUCCUCGGCCUCCCCACCUUCGCUCCCGCCGACCCCGCCGAUGCCUCUCCGAUGAUGCUUCAGCUCAACUCCGCCGACGCCGCCACCCACCUCCCCGCCGGACCCCCCUUCCACGCGCCGCCCUACCACUUGGGCCUCAGCUUGGACCAAGGUAAGGGACCCUUCCUUAAGCCCGAGGAUGCUUCUGGAAGCGGCAAGCGCUUCCGCGACGAUCUCCUUGAUACCAGGCCCAAGAAUAAUGUUUUUCAUGGGCAACCCAUGCCCACUACUGUUCCUAAUGCUCCACAUCCACCUGCAGUGCGACCUAGAGUACGGGCUAGAAGAGGACAGGCUACAGAUCCACACAGUAUAGCUGAAAGGUUGCGCAGAGAGAGAAUAGCAGAAAGAAUCAGGGCUUUGCAGGAACUCGUUCCAAGUGUCAACAAGACAGAUAGAGCUACCAUGCUGGACGAAAUUGUGGAUUAUGUCAAGUUCUUAAGGCUUCAAGUGAAGGUUUUGAGCAUGAGUAGAUUGGGUGGAGCCGGUGCUGUGGCACCACUUGUAACUGACAUCCCAUUAUCAUCAGUCGAGGAAGAAGGCAAUGAGGGAAGAAACCAGCCAGCUUGGGAGAAGUGGUCAAAUGAUGGAACAGAAAAACAAGUAGCUAAGCUUAUGGAAGAAAAUGUUGGGGCUGCCAUGCAGUUUCUUCAAUCAAAAGCACUCUGCAUCAUGCCCAUCUCACUGGCAUCAGCAAUAUACCAGUCUCAACCAUCAGACACCUCUAGUAUAGUUAAGCCUGAAACUAAUCCCCCUUAAUAGGAAGACCUAUGGCGCGGAUGCACCAUCCAGUGGUCCCAUCAAGGGCUCACCUAACACUGCUAGGACCCACGUGGCCAUGCGUUAUUUGUCUGUUUCAAACCCCCUUAUUGGUUCGUGUCUAGUUGCAUUCAAAGUAGGAUGCCAUAGUCUUUUUCCUUUUUGCCGUUCUUUCAACUUUUGUCUAGACAGGGUUUGAUGUCAAAGCCCUUCAAAAUACAAGUAAACCCCAUCUUGAUAAAUUUCAUGUAAAGGGAAAGAAAUUGUCGAAGUUCACUUGAUAUGCUCUUCCUUUUUGUAUCAAUUGGUGGGGGUUAGUGGAACGUGAUGGAAGCGCUUUUAUAGUGGGGUUUAGUUUUUGUAGUGGGCAGUGGGACCUUCUAAAAGGUUAGGGUGGUGUGUAUAUUUUUAUUAGUGAUGUAACACUUAGAGAAUUUGAAAUGCAGAGUUGAAAUGGAUAAUGGUUGCUUUAAGAAUGCUGA